GCCCUCUCUCUCUCACUCCCACACCGACAGCAUGGAUGACAUCAAGGACUCGGUCGCUCCUUUGAACGACUUUUACCGCAACUCGCGCAUGUUCUUGAACAAGUGCGACAAGCCCAACACCAAGGAGUUCAUGAAGAUUGCUUCCGCGACCCUCGUUGGCUUUGCCAUCAUGGGCAUCAUCGGCUACGCCGUGAAGCUCAUCCACAUUCCCAUCAACAACAUUCUGGUGUCAUAAGGUGCCUCGAGCUCCUGCACCCUUGUCCUGUUUGUGUUUGAUGCGGUGGUCUGAAGGCAUGUCAGUCUUGUGUGAUGGCAAGCAUUGGCAAGGAGAGGCCCAUGACGCGCUGCAGCCACGCAAUACAUCGUGCUUGACUCUACCUCGUUCGGGGUGGUGCCUGCCUCAUGUCUAGGCCUGACAUCUCAGUCAGGUCUUGCCUUGCCACGCCCUUUUGGUGUGCAGGGUUUUGUUGCUCGUGGUUUGUAGUCAGUCUUGUCGGUCUUGUUGCGAUGCAUGUCCGUAUUGUAGCUGGUACAUCGGCCUGCCCAUGUCCCUGAUUUCGUGCACAAUUCUACGUUGGGCCUCAUGUUGCCCACGCAGGUCUUGUUGUUGUUUUCCUGCCUCUGAUGUUCUUUCCCCAAACUCUGGUGUUGCUUCCUUUUUUUUUCCACUCGGCGGCUCCCCUCAGCCCGCGGCUGUUUGGGCGUGAUCGCAUUAACAUCCCCUCCCUUUCGUUUCAAAAAUUUAAGAAGAAGAAUC